UUUAUAUCAUUGACAUCAUAAAUCCUUUCUUUUCAUAUUCACCCAAAAUAUGAGCAAAAUAUUUUCUUUUCCUAUUUACCCAAAAAAACAAGCAAUUAAAACUACUAAGAUACGAUUUUAUUGAUUGCAAAAAAAAAAGGUCAAAACCCUCAAACCCACCAUUCCAUUGAAACGAGGAGGUCCUGUUCGGGGAUUAUUUUGAAAAUUAGGGUUCUCAGUCGGAUUAUCACAAGUUUGGGGUACCAAAGGGCUAAGGCCAUUGAAAAUAGGGCAAACAAACCCUAGAGGUGGCGGAGAAGACGACCACGACGGAGGAGAUCAUUUAAAUGUGUGGAUUCAUGCAGCAUCAUGAAAAGCUUGAAGGAAGGCCAAAUAUGACAAUGGGAGAAGUGAAUUUUAUACAAGCGGAAGAUGUGCGAUUAGAGACUACACGAGCUAGAUUUUCAAAUGUGAUUAAAAGGCAUGGGCAGUUAAUUGAGCGUCUUUCUAGGGAUUCUGACAAGAUGAUUUUUGAGCGUCUACAAAAGGAAUUUGAUGCCGCUCGAGCUUCUCAAACUGAAGAGAUUCUUUUAGAUGGCGAACAGUGGAAUGAUGGGCUAUUAGCUACAAUAAGGGAGCGGGUUCAUAUGGAGGCAGACAGAAAGGCAAUGCCAGGGGACUCAAGCAUGCUACCGGAUCCUCUUUUCCAUGGAAAAACUACUUAUAAAGUUGGGAAUAAGGUAAUUUGUUGUUUGGAAGGGGCAAGGAUUGGCAUACAAUAUGAGACAUCUUUUGCUGGAGAACCUUGUGAACUGUACCACUGUGUGCUUGAGAGUAAAUCAUUUCUUGAAAAGAUGACCGUCAUCGAGCAUACAGUACCGUUCUUUCUACCAAUACGAGAAGCAGAAAAUGAUCUUCUGUCUUCCAAUGCAAUGAAAUUUAUAGAUCAUGUUGGAGAACUUCUGCAAGCUUAUGUGGAUAGACGGGAACAGGUUCGCCUUAUUAAGGAGUUAUAUGGGAAUCAAAUUGAAGAGCUUUAUCAUAGUCUUCCCUACCACAUGAUUGAAUUUGCACUGGAUGAUUCUGAUUGCAAGAUAACAGUUAGUCUUAGAUAUGCGGAUCUCCUCUCUGUACUUCCAACCCGAAUUAGAGUCCUAGCCUGGCCAAUGCAGCCAAGCAAGAAAAUCAUAACAAGCACAGGGACAAUCGGUAGAAAGGGGAACUCUGUUCCAGCUCGUCUGUCUUACGCAGAGGAUGCCUUGCGAACAAUGAGCUUACCAGAAGCAUAUGCAGAGAUUGUGUUGAACCUGCCACGGGUUCUCCAGCAAAACUUUCAGCAUAGAGGCUCAGCUUAGAGCUUCAUCUCUUCCCCAAACCAUGCCAAUAUGUACAAAGCUAUAGGUUGUGGUUGUGAUGGAGUUGCACUGGUUGGUAGUGAAAAAGUUAGAGCUGGUUUUUGAUACAUGAACUUCUGUUUUUAUUUUUGUUGUGUUAGCGGCCAGUGAACCAAUACCAUGUUGUCAUGCUGCUACUUUGCGAAAGAGAAUUGAGACAUCCAUGGUAAUGAAAUCAAUUUAUUGAAUUUCAUAGUACA